ACAGCUGCGGUGACUUACGCUGCUGUGGCUCAGCAAGUGGUUGCUCCUCGAGAAUUGUAGUCGUAAUUUUUUAGAAGCAAGCGUGAUUUUCAGAAGCGCACAUGGCACACGUGAAAUUUAAAUGUGACUUAAAUUAAUACGAGUUAUUUUUGACAGCGAUCUUAGUCCAUAGUCCUGCUCUGUUGUACCAAAUCGGCUUCUGGCUGCGCAGAUGUCAAUGAUGUCAUGCAGCGAGUGUGCCUCAAAAUCACGUGACGGGCGCAUUUGAAACAAGGCUCGAAGCGCAGCGCUUCAAAAGAUCACGAUGUGUGGACACGUCAGUAUUGUGGAGUGGAGUGAAGUGGAGUGAAGUGGAGUGGAGUGGAGUGGAGUGGAGAAGGAAUGACGCCUCAUUCUCAUUCAAAGAUAUUGUGCAUCUGAAUCAGCAGUAACAAGUCCCGCCAUACAGUAUGUGGCUUUACAAGAAGAAUCAAAUGCCCCUCAUUUAACAUCGCAGACUACCAGAGCUCUGAAAAUUAGUCAUUGGUCUCACCCAGGAAGUCUUGAUGAGAAGUCCUUGAUCAGAUUUCCUGUUGUUAGCACCAUAUCAAAUUUGGAUUGUGAUCUCCUGUAAAAGGUUUGACUAAGCCCUGCUUGGAAAUAAAUUAAUAAAGCCAUGAAGGUCCAGAAGGUUGGCUGGAGCUGCUUUGUGUUCAUUCUGCUCCACAUGACACAUACCGCUUGGACACAGAGAUUUCAGGUUGUUGGACCUUCCUCAGAUGUUCGUGCUUUUGUUGGUGAAGAUGUCAUCCUACCUGCCUCACUCUCACCAGCUAUCAAUGCUGAAGCAUUUCAAUUGAGCUGGUUUCAAGAUGCCUUUGAUUCACCAGUACUUCUGUACCAGAAUCUCAAAAUCACACCUGAACGUCAGAUGCAGGCUUAUAAGGGAAGGACAGCACUUUUCAGAGAAGAGCUGCUGAAUGGAAACGUGUCUCUGAGACUGCAGGAUGUUCGUCUUUCUGACCGUGGGCUCUACAGAUGUUUUGUGGACUCUGGACCAUGGAGAGACGAAGUUCACAUCGCUCUGAACAUUGAGGUUUUAGGUGGCCAGCCCUACAUUUCCAUCAGCUCAACAGAGGACAAACAGACCAGACUGGAGUGCAUGUCUGACAAGUGGGGCACCACACCAGACGUGACCUGGAGGGACAUGAAUGGAGUGGACUUGACACCUGAGUCCAGUGUCACUGAAGUGCGGGACAAUGAGGGAUUUCUCAGAGUCAGGAGCUUCAUCCCCAUCAAGCAGGAGUUCAACGUCUUCUCCUGUCUCAUGAGAAGUAAAGUGCCAAAGCCUGACUGGCAUUCACGCCUUACAGUCUACGUUUUCUCCCCGGGAGUCUUAAGCUGGAUGGUGGUCUUCUGGCUAUCAUUGCUUCUAUAUGUGGCCUUGGCGGCUUUACUGAUAUUUAAAUGGAGGCGAAUGAGAGGACGUAAAGAACGAUAUGAAUCCAAAGUUUGCUUUCUACAACUCUGUAACCUGAGGAGGGAAAUUGAGAAGAUCAAAGCUCCAGUUACAGCUAUGAAGGUUUGUGUUGGUCUGACUUGCAAUCCUGAGUAUUUGCAGACCAUUCUUAAGGUUCUUAAAAGAUACCGUCAUGAAGAUCUCCUCAAGAUCACCGAGUACUUCAGGCCCUGCCUGGCCUAUCUGAUUAAAGCUAAGAUGACAAACAUCCUGGAGAGCCUGGUCAGGAAGAAGAUUCUCACCAAUGAUGAGGCAAAGAUGGUGAAAGUCAAAGAAGAGCCUGAGGCGACAGAGUAUGUGGAGUCCUUCAUCAGUGAAGUAAUGAAGAAGGACAAAAUGGCGUUAAUCAGCCUGUGGGAGGUGCUGGCUGAGCAACUUGAAACAUUCAAAUCACCAAACCUCAUAACAUUAAUGGAGGAGGUGACAGAAGCAAGAAAGAAACUCUUAGAGGAGAUUGACACCAGAAAUGAGCCACCUGUCUUUGACCCUCGUGCUAGAGACCUCCAUGAGACACACAGACAGGCUAUGUGUGAAUCCACGAGAACUCUGGAGGUUCAGGGUUCUCAUGGAUAUCCAUACACCACAGCUGUGAGCUGUGAGACGCGAUACACAGAGUUGGUGGCCAUUAUACAGGACACAAAAAACCAUAAGGAGACUGAACAUGAACUUAUGAAAACUGGGAGGUUUCAUGAAGAGCUCAUGGAGAAAGGAGCAGCAGAGAAAUGUGAACGAAUCUGGAUUGAGCAGCUGUUUAGGAAAAGUCCUGCAAGUGUAAAUCCAGUCAAUAUCAUAGUGGUCAGUGGGAUGGUGGGAAUAGGGAAGACCACCAUGGUUCAAAAGAUCAUGUAUGACUGGGCCAGAGGCACUCAGUACCAGAGGUUUGCAUUUGUGUUCCUGUUUAAAUUUAGAGAACUUAACCUCAUAGACAAUGAGAAUGACCCACAAAUGUCACUGACCAAACUGAUUGAAAAGUACUAUAAAUAUUUCAGUAAUGAUCAACUGAAAGAUGUUCUGAAGAAUCCUAAAUCUCUCCUUUUUAUAUUUGAUGGGCUGGAGGAAUACAAACACAAACUGGACUUCACCCAGAGUCAGCUCUGCUCAAACCAAGACGUUGAGGUGCCUGUCCACAUCCUGGUCACCAGUCUGGUCAGUCGGACAUUAUUGAAGGGCUGUUCAGUCCUGAUAACAAGCAGACCAACAGCCCUGGAAGCCAUGGACAUGGAAAGAGUCGAUCGGUUUGUAGAGAUCUUGGGGUUCUUUCCUGAGCAAAGGCUGAUGUACUGUAAGAAGUUCUUUGGUGACACUGCUCUGGCUGCUGAGUCUUUUCAGUAUGUCAAGGAGAACACCAUCCUGUACUCUAUGUGCUUCAGCCCCUCGUACUGCUGGAUGAUCUGCUCUGCACUGAAGUGCCACUUCAUGACACCUGAAACAGCCAAAAGUGAAGCUGUGCAAGUAGGUCAGUGGCUCUGUGAGACUCAGAAUAAGGAGUUAAUUAGAGACUGCAUUGGAGAGGAUUUAGAGAUGGACUUUAGAAGCACGACUUUAUCUGCUGUGGACUGUGCUGUGUUGGCCACUGUCAUCAGCUGCUGCGGAGAGCUUAAACAACUUGUCCUGUCAGAGACACCUCUGACCCCUGAAUGCAUCAUGAGACUGGAGCCAGGGAUCAGCUGCUGCAGUGUAGUUUGCCUUGCGUCGUGUGGUCUCACUGAUAGAUGUUGCUCAGCUCUCUCUUCUGCUCUUUCUGCUCCACACUCACAGCUGACUGAGCUGCUGCUGUGCGACAACAACAUGGAGGAUUUAGGAGUGGAGCAGCUGUGUGAGGGGCUCAGGAGUCCGAACUGUAAACUGGAGAUAUUGUGGCUGGACUCAUGUGGUCUAACCUCUGCCUGCUGCUCAGCUCUCUCCUCAGUCCUCUCGUCUCCAAACUCACAGUUGACUAUGCUGGCGAUAUUCAACAACAACCUGGGAGAUUCAGGAGCUCAUCAGCUGAGUGAGGGGCUCAGGAGUGACAACUGUAAAUUAAAAGAACUGGGGUUGUGGUCUUGUGGUCUCACCUCGGCCUGCUGCUCAGCUCUCUCCUUGGUGCUCUCGUCUCCAAACUCAAGGUUGACAUAUCUGGACCUGAACAACAACAACCUGGGAGAUUCAGGGGCUCGUCGGCUGAGUGAGGGGCUCAGGAGUGACAACUGUAAAUUAACAGACCUGUGGCUGUGGAAUAACAGGAUCAGUAAGAGUGAGGAGAGGAACCUGAGGUCACUACGGGAUGAGCUAAGGAGUUCUGGACGUUACCUGACUAUCAAUACAUCAUUAUUCUAGCUCUGGUGAUCAGACAGACCCCUGUCAGUGACGGAGUCCCCCGUCCACUCUCCCCUAAAUUCUCCUCUUUCUUCUUUUUAUUCUCCUCUCAGCUCUGCUCCUCAUUUAAUAAACUCUCUGUGUCCCCUCAGUCUGUGUGCUCCUCCUUAAAUGUCACUUUUAUUUUUAACACCUUGAGACCCUCAACUGGUGACAAAACUCAAGCAGACUCAGACCUGCAGACCCCCAAGUUUUACCACUAGAGGCAGUAAAGCAGUGGGG